UUCUCGUUCAAAAGCGGGAACUUUUAAGGGCGCUAGAGAGAAUUGGAAAGUGAUUGGGAUAUUGUGUCUUGGCCAACGUCUAUUAGCUUUGAUCGGUGAGUCUCUCGCCGCUUACAGCUCCCGACCCGAAGCCAUUUAUUACAAGUGGUACCCCAGUCACUGUGACAUACCCCCAGUCACCAUAACAUAUCCUCAUCCGAUGCAUUUUAAAUUGGUAUAUACUCUCUUCCGCUUUAUGAAGUAGCAGCAGCUGUACCGCAUUCAAGAUCUCGCAUAACAGACCAAAUUGUAGCAGCAGGUAAGAGAAUACUUGCUCUAUUCGUAUGUCGGCCAAACAACCCAACUCACAGUCCGAUCUCGACCGCUUUGAAAAUUAGCGGGCGUUUCAGCGGGAGGAUCUUGAGCCACACAAUGCAUUGUGAGUGCUUAUGAUGUGGAGUGAGUCCGACCAUUGCCAACGCGACGACACAUUAGCAACUGGCAAUGCGAGCUGUGUGCUGUUGCUAAAGCGAAGUAUCGCCACAUUUUUUCCGCAUGGGUGAACCAUCGAAAUACACAGAUGUUGUCAAGAAAUGGAUUAAUUAGCUGAUGUUGAGGCGAAGCGUCAAAAUGACGUCGAUAUUUGCCUGUAGCACCAUCGGGGUUACGGAGAAGUACAGUUAGAGCAAUAACUGGUUAUUAAAUGACCGGUGAAAGCCAUGUAUGUGGAAAUCAAAUAAUUGUCAAAUUCGAAGGCUUCGCAUGCGCAACUUGCUUUUUGUUGCAUUAGAAGCGCUAACUAGACAAUUGCACAAAAUUCAAGUUGUACUUCGGAUAGAUUGCGAAGUAAAGAAAGGUCUUGGAUCUGAUGAAGCAAUGGGUUUGCACAACGAAAGAUGA